AUGAUCACUUCGGAGCUCCCCGUCCUACAGGACUCGUCCAAUGAGUCUGGGGCGACAGACGCAGUGGGCUUAAGUAUGAGCAUGAGCGAGAUGGAAGAUCCAGAGGUGAAAGGCAAGAAGAAGAGAGGGAGACCAGGAAAACAAGCCCCGACGUCCAAUAAGAAGCCUCGGAAGUCACCGACAGACAAGGCUGUGGGCGUAGCGAGAGGGCGAGGGAAAGCCAACGGUGUGGCUCAACAUAAUGGAGACGGCGGAGACCCCGUCACUCUGUUUGAAGUGGUCAAACUGGGCAAGAGUGCCAUGCAGUCUGUGGUGGACGAGUGGAUCGAGUCAUACAAACAGGACAGAGACCUGGCAUUGCUGGACCUCAUCAAUUUUUUCAUCCAGUGCUCGGGGUGCAAAGGCACCGUGAGGAUUGAGAUGUUCAGGAACAUGCAGAAUGCAGAGAUCAUCCGCAAGAUGACUGAAGAGUUUGAUGAGGACAGCGGGGAUUAUCCUCUCACCAUGCCAGGGCCUAUGUGGAAGAAGUUCCGCUACAACUUCUGCGAGUUUAUCAGCGUCUUGAUCCGCCAGUGUCAGUACAGCAUCAUCUACGACGAGUACAUGAUGGACACGGUGAUCUCCCUCCUCACCGGGCUGUCCGACUCUCAAGUGCGAGCCUUUAGACACACCUCCACGUUAGCAGCCAUGAAGCUGAUGACAGCGCUGGUGAACGUGGCGCUGAACUUGAGCAUUCACCAGGACAACACCCAGAGACAGUACGAGGCAGAGAGGAACAAAAUAGCCGGCAAACGAGCCAAUGAGAAGCUGGAACUGCUGCUACAGAAGAGGAAGGAGCUUCAGGAAAACCAAGAUGAAAUAGAGAAUAUGAUGAACUCCAUCUUCAAGGGAAUCUUUGUGCAUCGCUACAGGGAUGCCAUUGCUGAAAUCCGAGCCAUCUGUAUCGAAGAGAUCGGAGUGUGGAUGAAGAUGUACAGCGAUGCUUUUCUUAAUGAUAGUUACCUGAAAUAUGUUGGUUGGACACUACACGAUAGGCAAGGAGAGGUGCGUCUGAAGUGCCUGAAAGCUCUGCAGAACCUGUACACAAACCGAGAACUGUUCCCCAAGUUAGAGCUUUUCACCAACCGCUUCAAGGACCGCAUAGUAUCAAUGACACUGGAUAAGGAGUAUGAUGUGGCUGUGGAGGCCAUCAGACUGGUCACACUCAUCCUGCAGGGCAGUGAAGACGCCUUGUCCAAUGAGGACUGUGAGAAUGUGUACCACCUGGUUUACUCUGCCCACCGACCAGUGGCAGUCGCUGCAGGAGAGUUCUUGCACAGAAAGUUGUUCAGUCGUCACGACCCACAGGCAGAAGAAGCCCUGGCUAAGCGCAGAGGGAGGAGCAGCCCUAACGGAAAUCUCAUCCGCAUGCUGGUGCUCUUUUUUCUGGAGAGCGAGCUCCAUGAACAUGCAGCCUACCUUGUGGACUCAUUGUGGGAAAGCUCUCAGGAGCUGCUUAAAGACUGGGAGUGUAUGGCUGAACUUUUGCUGGAGGAGCCUGUGCAGGGAGAGGAGGUGUUGUCAGACAGACAGGAGAGUGCUUUGAUAGAGCUGAUGGUGUGCACCAUCCGGCAGGCAGCAGAGGCGCAUCCACCUGUGGGCAGAGGCACCGGCAAACGGGUGCUGACAGCGAAGGAGAGGAAGACUCAGAUAGACGAUAAGAACAAACUGACAGAGCACUUCAUCAUGGCUCUGCCCAUGCUUCUGUCCAAGUACCAGGCAGACUCGGAAAAGGUAGCCAACCUGCUGCAGAUCCCUCAGUUCUUUGACCUGGACGUGUACAGCGCCGGGCGCAUGGAGAAGCACCUCGACGCCUUGCUGAAGCAGAUCCGGCUGGUGGUGGAGAAGCACAUCGAGAUCGACGUGCUCGAGGCCUGCAGUAAGACCUACAGCAUCCUCUGCUCCGAGGAGUACACCAUCAUGAACCGCGUGGACAUCGCCCGUUCACAGCUCAUUGACGAGAUGACGGAUCGUUUUACACACUCUGUCGAAGAGCUGCUGCAGGAGGCUGAGGAGGCCGAUGAUGACGAUAUCUACAAUGUUUUAUCCACUCUCAAGAGACUCACAGCCUUCCACAAUGCCCACGACUUGACGCGGUGGGAUUUAUUUGGAAACUGCUACCGGCUGCUGAAGGCGGGCAUCGAGCAGGGCUCCAUGCCGGAGCAGAUAGCUGUCCAGGCCCUGCAGUGCUCCCACUACUCCAUCCUCUGGCAGCUGGUCAAGAUCACGGAGGGGGCUCCCAGCAAGGAUGACCUUGUGGCUCUCAGGAGAGUGGUGAAGUCUUUCCUGGCUGUGUGCCAGCAGUGCCUGUCCAACGUCAACACACCAGUCAAAGAACAGGCGUUCAUGCUUCUCUGCGACCUGCUGAUGAUCUUCAGUCACCAGCUGACUUCCGGCGGCAGGGAGGGCCUCCAGCCGCUGGUCUUCAACCCAGACAGCACUCUGCAGAACGAGCUGCUCAACUUCGUCCUGGACCACGUCUUCAUCGACCAGGACGAUGAGAGUCAGAGCAUGGAGGGAGAUGAGGAGGACGAGGCCAACAAGAUCGAGGCCCUCCACAAAAGGAGAAACCUGCUCGCAGCUUUCUGCAAACUCAUCAUCUACGACAUCGUAGACAUGCCCGCUGCUGCCGACAUCUUCAAACACUACAUGAAGUAUUAUAAUGAUUAUGGUGACAUCAUCAAGGAGACUCUGAGUAAAACCAGACAGACGGACAAGAUUCUCUGUGCCAAGACCCUCAUCCUCAGUCUGCAGCAGCUGUUCAAUGAGCUGCUGCAGGACCAAGGACCCAACCUGGACCGAACGUCGUCUCAUGUCAGCGGCAUCAAGGAGCUGGCCCGCCGCUUCGCCCUUACCUUUGGUCUGGAUCAGAUCAAGACCAGAGAGGCCGUUGCCACGCUGCACAAGGAUGGAAUAGAGUUUGCAUUUAAGUACCAGAAUCCACGAGGACCAGAGUUUCCUCCAAUCAACCUGGCCUUCCUGGAGGUUCUCAGCGAAUUUUCCUCCAAACUUAUUCGCCAAGACAAGAAGACGGUCCACUCGUACCUUGAGAAGUUCAUGUCGGAGUCGAUGUCGGAGCGUCGGGAGGACGUGUGGCUGCCGCUGAUUUCCUACAGGAACAGCCUGCUGACGGGAGGAGACGAGGACCACAUGUCCGUCACAUCGGGCUCCAGCAGCAAGGCCGGCUCAGUCCGCAGCAAGAAGGGACGACCGCCGGUACACAAGAAACGCAUCGAGGAGGAGAGUACUGUUGAGGGCUCGUGGUUGAUGCGCAAUGACACUCUUCAGACACCGGGAGCGCUGCAGACUCCUCAGCUCACCUCAACAGUCCUCAGAGAGAACAGACCAGCAGAACACUUGCCAGACCCGGACUCAGAACCCGGAUCAGAGAACGACUUUGUACACAAUCCUCAGAUGCAGAUGUCGUGGCUCGGUCAGCAGAAGAUGGAAGAGGUGAACAGGAAGGACCGGACGGGCAUGAACUACAUCAAGUCACGCAGCAAUCAGGGCGUCCGGCAGACUGUGCGUGGGUUGAUGGAGGAUGACGCAGAGCCCAUCUUCGAGGAUGUGAUGAUGUCAUCACGGGGCCAGCUGGAGGACAUGAACGAGGAGUUUGAAGACACUAUGGUGAUCGACCUGCCGCCAUCGAGGAACAGACGUGAAAGAGCGGAAUUAAGACCAGACUUCUUUGACUCUGCAGCUAUGAUUGAGGACGAGUCGGGUUUCAGCAUGCCCAUGUUCUGAUCCUGGAAGAGGCAAAGAUCCUGAGACCAGGAUCCACAUCAGGAGUUAACAAGAGGGGGGUGGGGGGGUGGGGGUUU